GGACUAAGCCCUCUAGAUAGGAAGUAGUCCAGAAAUCUCAGGGGUGGAUUUGAAAAUGGAAUCAAUAAUGGUUGUACUAAAAAGUAAAGUGGGAAAAUAGGUAGGAGAGAAACUGUGCAUAGGCAAUAGAGAAAUUAGGAGAGAGAGAGAGAGAGAGAGAGAGCGCUCAAAGUUAGGGAAGAGAGAGAAAGUUGAGAUAUACUUAAAAUAUAAUAUGCAACAGUGAGAAAAGAAAGAUAGAGAAAGAUCCCAGCAGGAAUAACAAAACAGCACAUCCUUUGUCCAAGUAUUAGAGAGAGAAAAAGCAUACAUAUAAAAGACAUAGAGAGAGAGAGAGAGAGAGAGGAGAGCACGAGACCAAGAAAAACAAAACAAAAGUAUUUCAAGUCUUAGAGAGAGAAAGUGAGGGUUGUUGCCGAGUUUAGCUGCAAAGAGCGUAAAAAAAAAGGAAGAAUGAACAAGGAAAAAACCCUAACCCUAGAGAAAUUUUUUCAUUUUGAUGCUCUAAGCUGUGGUGAUCAGUAAGGCUUGUAUUUUUCUUCCUCUUUGUCUUCACCAGUGAAACAAAUGCACUUCACAUUUUUGUGGUAAUUUGUCGUGAAAUCAAGCCUUUAUAAGCUGCUUUCUGGUGAUUCACGUUUUGCUACAUAUCUUAAGCUUUUUUUUUUUUUUUUUUUUUCACUUUGCUGGAUUAUGUAUUGGGAGCUGACAAUUAGGGUUUAAUUGUGGGGUUUCUGUGAAGCUGCAAGUUCUGUUGUUCUUUUUUCCUUUUAUCGGUUGUUUGUGUAUCUCCUGUACUUAUUUGGUUUCUUGGUAAAUUGGGUUUAUUUUGUUUCGAAAAAAAUUAACGGUAUUGAUGUUCCAAGUACGCAUAUGUAUUUAGUGUUUGAUGUGUGAUCCGAAGGAAUUUUUAUCAGCUAAAUUGUUCUGAAGAGGAAACAGUUUGUGGGUACUCUUACAGUUCAUCAAAUUGUGGAGUAUCUGAGAUUUGAAAAAGCUUUCAAGGGAAGCUUGUGUUGGCUAUUGGAAAUAUAGUGCUGUUGCUUUAAUACCUGACUGUUGCACUGGAGCGUUUAGGGGUACCGGGGACAAUGUCUUCGCUGAGUAGGGAACUGGUGUUUUUAAUCUUACAAUUCUUGGAGGAAGAGAAGUUCAAGGACACAGUUCAUAAGUUAGAGCAAGAGUCUGGUUUUUUCUUCAAUAUGAAACACUUUGAGGAUCAAGUUCAGGCUGGCGAAUGGGAUGAGGUUGAGCGUUAUUUAUGUGGGUUCACAAAGGUGGAAGACAAUCGCUACUCCAUGAAGAUUUUCUUUGAAAUUAGGAAGCAGAAAUAUUUAGAAGCUCUUGACAGACAGGAUCGAGCAAAAGCUGUUGAGAUUCUUGUCAAGGACCUCAAGGUUUUUGCAUCCUUCAAUGAAGAGCUCUUUAAGGAGAUAACUCAGUUACUCACUCUUGAUAAUUUUAGGCAAAAUGAGCAACUUUCCAAAUAUGGAGACACAAAAUCAGCUCGAAACAUCAUGCUUGUGGAACUUAAAAAGCUUAUUGAAGCAAACCCGCUAUUUCGUGACAAGCUUACAUUCCCAUCCUUCAAAAGCUCGCGAUUAAGGACUUUAAUAAACCAGAGUCUAAAUUGGCAGCAUCAGCUUUGCAAGAAUCCUCGUCCAAAUCCUGAUAUUAAAACACUAUUCACGGAUCAUUCUUGCAGUCCAACGACUGCUAAUGGGGCUCGCCCUCCUCCUCCCACAAACAGUCCCAUUGUGGGACCUAUUCCCAAGGCUGGUGCAUUUCCUCCAAUUGGUGCCCAUGGUCCAUUUCAGCCAGUUGUUUCCCCAUCUCCUGGUGCUAUUGCUGGGUGGAUGUCAAGUAAUAAUCCUUCCCUGCCUCACCCUUCCGUGGCAGCAGGGCCUCCUGGUCUGGUGCAGCCUCCUAGUGCAGCUGCCUUCUUGAAACACCCAAGAACACCCUCAGGUAUGACGGGGAUCGAUUAUCAAUCGGCUGAUUCAGAGCACCUGAUGAAGCGUAUGCGCACCGGCCAAUCUGAUGAGGUGUCGUUUUCUGGUGUAGCACAUACUCCCAAUGUCUAUUCACAGGAUGACUUGCCAAAAACUGUUGUACGAUCUCUUAAUCAAGGAUCUAAUGUUAUGAGCAUGGACUUCCACCCACAGCAGCAAACCAUUUUGUUAGUUGGGACAAAUGUUGGCGACAUUAGCCUUUGGGAAGUUGGGUCCCGGGAAAGGUUGGCACAUAAACCCUUCAAAGUGUGGGAUCUCUCAGUUGCUUCGAUGCCACUGCAGACAGCAUUGUUGAAUGAUGCUGCAAUAUCAGUGAAUCGAUGUGUCUGGGGGCCAGAUGGGCUUAUGCUGGGGGUUGCAUUUUCAAAACAUAUAGUGCAGAUUUACACUUACAAUCCAACUGGAGAACUGAGACAGCAUUUAGAGAUUGAUGCCCAUGUUGGUGGGGUGAAUGACAUAGCAUUUGCUCAUCCAAACAAGCAACUAUGCAUUGUCACAUGUGGUGAUGACAAGAUGAUCAAGGUUUGGGAUGCUGUAGCUGGACGCAGACAAUAUACAUUUGAAGGCCAUGAAGCUCCUGUAUAUUCUGUUUGCCCUCAUCAGAAAGAAAAUAUCCAGUUCAUUUUUUCUACAGCAAUUGAUGGGAAGAUUAAAGCUUGGCUAUAUGAUUCUUUGGGAUCUAGAGUGGACUAUGAUGCUCCUGGACUUUGGUGUACCAUGAUGGCAUACAGUGCAGAUGGGACUAGGCUUUUUUCAUGUGGAACAAGUAAAGAAGGAGAAUCUCACCUAGUUGAGUGGAAUGAGAGUGAAGGAACUAUCAAACGGACGUAUUCUGGUUUUAGGAAGCGCUCUUCAGGUGUUGUUCAGUUUGACACAACAAGGAGCCGCUUCUUAGCUGCUGGUGAUGAAUUUCAGAUUAAGUUUUGGGAUAUGGAUAAUAUCAACAUGUUGACAGCAGCUGAUGCAGAUGGGGGCUUGCCAGCAAGUCCUAGACUGAGAUUCAACAAGGAAGGUUCUUUGUUAGCGGUCACAACUAGUGAUAAUGGUAUAAAAAUACUAGCUAAUAAUGAUGGAUUGCGCCUGAUAAGAAUGCUGGAGAGCAGGGCUAUUGAUAAAAAUCGUAGCCCAUCUGAACCUAUGAACUCUAAGCCACUUAUUGUUAAUGCACUUGGGCCUGUGGCAAAUGUUUCUUCUGGCAUUGCUCCUGUACUAGAACGCUCUGAUAGAAUCCCACCUGCUGUGACCAUUAGCAGUCUUGGUACAAUGGAGAACAGUAGGCUUGUUGAUGUUAAACCACGGAUUUCAGAUGAACUAGACAAAAUUAAGAGCUGGAAAAUUCCUGAUAUUGUUGAUCCAUCUCAAUUAAAAGCUCUGCGUUUGCCUGACUCCAUAGCAAAUGGCAAGGUUGUGCGGCUGAUUUACACCAACUCUGGCCUAGCUCUGUUGGCUCUUGCCUCCAAUGCUGUUCACAAACUUUGGAAAUGGCAGCGCAGUGAAAGAAAUCAAUCUGGAAAGGCUACUGCAUAUGUUGCACCACAGUUGUGGCAGCCUCCUAGUGGAACUCUUAUGACUAAUGACGUAAGUGAUAAUAAACCAGCUGAGGAAUCUGCUGCUUGCAUUGCCUUGUCCAAGAAUGAUUCCUAUGUCAUGUCUGCAUCUGGUGGGAAGGUAUCUUUGUUCAACAUGAUGACAUUCAAGGUCAUGACAACAUUUAUGUCCCCACCUCCUGCUGCUACAUUUUUGGCGUUCCAUCCUCAGGACAAUAACAUCAUUGCCAUUGGCAUGGAAGAUUCUUCAGUGCAAAUUUAUAACGUCAGAGUUGAUGAGGUUAAAACAAAGCUCAAGGGUCAUCAAAGUCGAAUAACAGGACUUGCAUUUUCCCAAAGUUUAAAUGUACUGGUGUCUUCUGGGGCUGAUGCACAGUUAUGUGUGUGGAGCAUUGAUGGAUGGGAGAAAAGGAAAUCAAGAUUUAUACAAGCACCACCUGGCCGCCAAUCCCCAUUGACAGGCGAAACUAGAGUCCAAUUUCACAAUGAUCAAACACAUCUAUUGGUUGUACAUGAAAGCCAAAUUUCGAUUUAUGAUAGCAAACUUGAAUGCUUGCGAUCGUGGUAUCCGAAGGACACGCUUACUGCUCCCAUUUCAAGUGCAAUAUAUUCAAGUGAUGGUUUGCUGGUCUAUACGGGUUUUUGUGAUGGUGCUGUUGGAGUUUUUGAUGCAGAUGGUUUGAGGGUCAGGUGCAGAAUAGCACCAUCUGCUUACAUACCUUCAUUUGUGGCAGGCAACACUGCAUAUCCAAUGGUUAUAGCAGCUCAUCCAUCCGAACCCAAUCAGAUUGCACUCGGCAUGAGUGACGGUGCAGUGCAUGUGGUUGAACCAUCCGAUGUAGAGCUCAAGUGGGGUGGGCCAUCUUCUCAAGAUAAUGGACCCCUCCCAUCUAAUUCAUCGAAUCCUUCUCUGAGUGGUCAGCAAUCAGAGCUUCCCUCCAGGUGAUGGUGGCACUAAACACGAAUUUUACUGAUAAUCCUAUCUUUUUGCCCAGAUGAUUUGCUUUUUAAGUUAUGGCCUGUUAUUCAUAUUCAUUGUAAAUCUCUCCCACGUGCGGGGUCAUUUUGGUCCUUCGGAUGUUUCUGAGGAAAUUGUAUAAUUUUGUUUGGCUAAAAUGCUGCAAAGUAGAGGCUAAUGUUCAGCACUGCAAGAGAUGUAUGUAUACAUGUUUUUUUCUUUCUUCUACGGAUGAAUUCAGAAGAAUUUGUUUC